AUGUCAGUCGUGCAAGAGUGCACGGCGAAGCUCUGCAGAAGUAGCAUUUCUGCAUCAUCACCAGACGACUGUCGCAACACCCGUCCAUCAUCACCAUCACCAUCACCGCCACCAACGCAAAAGUCCGCGCCAUCCGUCUUCCCGACUACGAACCCGAUCUCCGCCAAAACGAGCGACUACAACGUCGGGAGGAGCCUGCGCGCCAACCGGGCUUCUUCUCCCUCCAAUACCGAAUCCAUGGCCGACGCACCGAAGCCGAGCAGCAGCGUCAAGCUUGUGCUGCUCGGAGAAGCCGCCGUGGGCAAAUCCUCUCUCGUACUGCGCUUCGUCAACAACGACUUCCAGCCCAAUAAGGAGCCCACCAUCGGCGCCGCGUUCCUCACACAAAAGUGCCAGCUGCCAAACAGGACCAUCAAAUUCGAGAUCUGGGACACGGCGGGUCAAGAACGAUUCGCCAGCCUGGCGCCCAUGUAUUACCGAAACGCUCAGUCUGCACUGGUCGUCUACGACAUCACAAAACCCAGCAGUCUAGUCAAGGCAAGGCAUUGGGUCGCCGAGUUGCAGCGCCAGGCUUCGCCAGGCAUUGUCAUUGCACUCGUCGGCAACAAGUUGGAUCUGUGUGAAGACGACGCGCCUGAGGGCGAGCAGCAGGAAUCCGAGAAUGCCGAGGAGGAGGAUACUGGCGCUGUGCGUAAGGUCAGCUCAAAGGAGGCUAAAGCAUAUGCCGACGAGGAGAGCCUGCUGUUCUUCGAAACUAGCGCUAAAACUGGUCACAACGUGAGCGAGGUCUUCACAGCCAUCGCUAAUGCGAUCCCUGAGACCAGCCUCAAAGGUCCACGCGCAGGUGCUGGAACCGGCACACAAGCUGCUAUCAGCGGCACUCAGAACAAUAGCAGUGUGAAUCUCAAUACGCGUGGUGAAGAUGGUCAAAAAGAGGGAUGUGCUUGCUAGCUGGUAAUUUGCUUGGUAUAUUACUACUUUGUCGAGCAUCCAGCACGGCGUUAAUUACAGGUCAGGCAAUGAGGUCGCAUUGUGCAAGUUGUCCCCGAACGCAACGAUAUUUCGCCCUCCAGCUGGUCGACCUUCUAUUGGUGUCUUCCCAGCCUCUUGUGACAACCUGAACAUGACACUGCUGUUAGCAUGGUGGCGACAGUGGGUAAUGCAAUGAAUAUGCUCAGACAAUUGGACACGGUCAGAUGAAAAUGGUCGCAUGCCGCCCGAGUGAUCAAAUGCGGCUUAUUACUCGAUCCUCCAGCCCGGGAAUUGUCCAAUCUGCGAUACCUUACUUUUCGCACGCCAGAUCGACUGUUGCUCGUUCUCGCUCACCGUGUUCACUCAAUGUUGUUCAUAGCAAAACAGUUAGC